AUCUCGUCUGCGCCAUGCUGUAGUGCAGCAGCGAGUCUCAUUGUCAGGAGAACCUUGAGAAACUUACGAAUACUUGAUUGAGUUAUAAGAAAGAAGAAAACUCUUAUGGCGUGAAAUUGUGUUUCAGCUGCAGAAAUGUCUGAGACAAGAAAGAGAAAACAAGCUGACUCCGCCCCCUCACUCUCCAAACAGCCAAUCAGCUCCCGCAGUGGGCGGUUAGUCAGGAAAAAAAAAAGAUUCAUAAGAAAGACACAAAGCUGUCCAGUGUGCAAGGAGGUUUUAAGGGAUCCAGUCCAGUUCAUGUGUGGACAUGAGUCCUGCAAACAGUGUGUCACUUCAGAUUCACCAGCAGAGGACUCCUGUCCACAGUGUGGAAAGAAAUCCAGAAUAACAUUGAAAAACCUGAAAGAUACUGAAGAUGACAAUGGUGACAUCAAACUGUUUGAGGCAAAGAAGACAUGGAAAGAAGCGAUGCAAAAAAAAUUUUUUUUGGUGUCUGAAGGUAAUGGUGACAAGCCGAGUCCUUUGAACAACAUCUAUACAGAGCUCUACAUCACCACUGGGGAGAGUGAAGGGCCUCGUACAGAGCAUGAGUUCAGAUAUGGCACAAGUAAACUGGAAACGUGUUCAUCAGUCAGUCUGAGUGACAUCUUCAGACCGUUGCCUGAUCAAGACAAACCUCACAGAACAGUUGUGACGAAGGGCGUCGCAGGAAUUGGAAAAUCAUUUUCUGUGCAGAAAUUAAUUCUUGACUGGGCCGAAGAGAAGGCAAACCAGGAUCUAGACUUUGUUUUCAGUCUUGCUUUCAGAGAGCUGAAUUUGAUUACAGGUGAAAAAAACCUACAUGAGCUCCUGACUUUAUUUCACCCCACACUGUCAGAACUCAAAGAUUCAGUGGAUUAUACCAAAACCAAGACUGUCCUGAUCCUGGACGGUCUGGAUGAAAGCAGGUUUCAGCUGGACUUUGAAGGCACUAAGACUAUAACAUCUGUCAAGGAAGCAGCACCUGUGAGGGAUCUCCUAGCAAACAUCAUCCAGGGUAACCUUCUUCCUGAUGCAAACCUCUGGAUUACUUCCCGUCCAGCAGCAGCCAAUCAGAUCCCUGCAGAACAUGUUGACAUGAUGACAGAGAUAAGAGGUUUCAAUGAUCCUCAAAAAGCUGAAUACUUCACGAGGAGAUUUACUCAUGAUCCAGAUCUUGCUGACAGAAUCAUUAAACAUAUUCAGUCUUCACAGAGUCUCAACAGCAUGUGUCAGAUCCCAAUCUUCUGCUGGAUUUCUGCAGUGUUAUUCCAGGAAGUCUUUGGAGGAGACGAGAAAACUGAAAUUCCUCAAACUCUUACAGAAAUGAUGGCACACUUUCUCUGUGUCCAAACAAAACACAGAAGUAGAAAAUAUGACAAGAAGGUUGAGACAAACAAAGAGAAGCUUCUGAAAACACAGAGGAAAUUUCUUCUGAAACUCGGCAAGCUUGCAUUUGAGCAGCUGCUGAAGAACAACCUCAUCUUCUAUGAGGAAGACCUGGAGGCCUGUGGCAUUGACAUUAAAGAAGCAUCCAUUGACUCUGGAUUUUGCACCACAGUUCUUCGAGAAGAAAAAAUAAUUUUCCAGAAAAAUGUCUUCUUCUUUGUGCAUCUGACUGUGCAGGAGUUCUUUGCAGCUCUCUACAUCUAUGACUGUGUCACUAACAAUGAUACUAAAGAUCUCAGCAUCUUCUUUGAUUUAAAGGACAAGGAGCAUACUUUAAUUGAACUUCUUAAAAUAACAGUAGACAAAGUGCUGGAGAAGAAAAAUGGCCACCUGGACUUCUUCCUGAGAUUCCUCCUUGGCCUCACAGUUGAACCCAACCACAGAGUCCUUCAUGGUCUGCUGACUCCAACAGAUCGAAGCCAAGAUACUGACAAGAAAAUCUUGACUCACAUCAAAUCUAUGCGAAGGAAGAACCUCUCUCCAGACAGCUGCAUCAACCUUUUCCAGACUAUGGUCGAGAUGAGAGAUCACAAAGUCAAAGAUGAGAUUCAGGAAUAUCUCAAAUUGUCAGAUCAUUCAAAAACAGAGUUGACUCCCCUGCACUGCUCUGCACUGGCCUACAUGCUGCAGGUAUCAAAGAACGAUUUGGAAGUCUUGGACUUAAAGAGUUACAACACAUCAGAUGAGGGCAGACGAAGGCUGAUACCGGCAGUGAGGAGCAGCAAAAAGGCCUUACUAACAGACUGUAAAGUAAGUGAAGAGUGGGUUGAUCAUCUGGUCGCUGCUCUCAAAUACCCCUUCUCACCGCUGAGAGAUCUGGACCUGAGCAACAAUGACCUGAAAGAUUCAGGAGUGGACCUGCUCUGUAAAGGACUGUCGAGUCAGUGCUGCAGACUGGAAACUCUGAGGUUAUCUGGGUGUCUGGUGACAGAAAAAGGCUGUGAUUAUUUGGUCAAAGCUCUAAAGUUAAACCCCUCACAUCUGAAAGAGUUGGACCUGAGUUACAACCAUCCAGGAGAAUAUGCAGAGAAGAAGCUCUCUGAGCUGAGGAAUGAUCCACAAUACCGGCUCAGCCAAGUCAAUUUUGAACAUGGUGGAAGUCACCGGAUACACCCAGGAUUGAAGAAAUAUGCCUGUGCGCUCACUUUGGACUCCAACACAUCUCACAAGAACCUGCUGCUCUCUGAAGACAAAAGAAAUGUAACCUGGGUGGAGGAGGAGCAGGCUUAUCCUGAUUAUACAGAGAGGUUUGAUUGCUGUCAGCAAGUGCUGUGUGAGCAGGGACUAAAAGAGCGCUGCUACCUGGAGAUGGAGGUGUCAGAGCCCUUUUGUGUUGGGUUAACAUACAGAAGCAUUGGCAGGAAAGGAGAUGUGGAUGACUGCAAGCUGGGACAAAACAACAAGUCUUGGUGUCUGAUUUGCUCUGAUGAUGGUUGUUUUGUUGAGCACAACAAAGAGAAGGUCUGUGUAUCAUCUCAGUGUUUGCGCUGCAGUCGGGUUGGGGUGUAUCUGGAUUGGGAAGCUGGCACUUUGUCCUUUUACAGAGUUUAUUCUGGUAGCCUCAUUCACCUCCACACUUUCAAAACAACCUUCAAAGAUCCCCUCUACCCUGCUGUUGAUCUUCACACCCGUUCCUCUGUAUUGUUUUGUCAGCUACCGUAGAAAGAAGUUUCACUGUAGGUUAGAAAAUGAAUGCCUGCUAAACAACUUCAGGAAGGCUAGACAUCAGUUGAAGCCUCAGCACUGUGGAGAAGGCUGUAGCUCAGGUGGUAGCGCAGGUUACCUAGUAAUUACAAGGAUGGCGGUUCAAUCUUAGUCUGCUUCAGCCUGCAUGUCAACUAUCCUGGGAUAAGAUACUAACUCCGCCCUCUCUGACACUCCACACCUGUUGGAGUGUGAAUGUUCAGUAGAAAGAGCAUAGAAAUAGUGCUUUUUUGAAUGGGUAAAUAAGACAAGUACUUUGAGUGCUCCAAUAGAGCAGAAAUGUAUAUAUAGGAACCAGUUCAUUAUCUUUGUCAAACAGACAAACAAAAGGUCAAAAAAAGUUGCCCUCUUGAAGUGAUCAGUUGAUCCUGCAGAGAGGAUAAGACAAGAAAACAUGUGCUCACUAUUCUGUUAGUAACCUUGUUUUAUAAACAUAACCUUCAGUAUGAAUAUGUAUAUAUGGUUAUUUUAGUGACACAUACAGUUUUUAAAGUGAUGAAAAAUGUUUUCAGGUUUUUUAAGAAGUGCAUGAUUUCUUGACAGAUUACGUUAAAUAAAUAAAAAUUUGGUUCAUUUGAGGAAAAUGAACAUCCAUAGAUAAUUUUCAUUUCACUUUUAUUUUACACCCUCAACUGCUUGAUUGCAAAAUAGCUACACUUUUAGCCAACAAAUCUAUAUUGAUACUGUCAAUACUGUCAUAAAAUGUCAAAAAUAAGCUCUCCUGACUCUGGAAUAGUGUCUAAGUUGUGGGAAACGGGCAUGGAGCUCCUGGAGCUACAUAUAAAAUAUUAUAUGUAAUGUGAGUUAUUUAUAUGACUCAUCAUAAUCAACCAGGAUUUCUAAAACCACAUAUUUGUCACACAGGACUGGGAAAAUGAUGUUAGCAUUGAGUUUGACAGUGUGGUAAACAACAGAAUAGACUAGUAGCCAAACAGCCAGGGAGCAGGCAGGUGGUUGAUAGCAGAUCUUCUUUCUUGUACUUACACAUAAGCCACAUUGUUAAUUUGCUAGUUUACCUGCAGUUUACCGCAGCCCAGGUUAAGUCUACACACUGGCUGUUACCUGUUGGUGUAGAUCUCAUUUUAAACAUAUAAUCUUUUGAAUGAAUGCGUUUGUAUUACAUACUUUCUUUAGCAGACCAACAUGCUUACAGUAUCAGUGCUAAAAAGUGUUUUACAUAAAGUACAUACUAUAUUUAUUUACAGCUAAUGGGAGUGUUGUUAGUUUGAAAUAAAACUAACCACCCUGAGGCUGUUUGUCUCUUGGUUUCCAGCUCACAAUAUUUUGACCAAAAUUAUACUCAAAGUUUUGAAACAAGUGUGUUGCAGGAAAAAAUGAUUCCUUACAUUAAAGUUUUGUGAUACAUUAACGAGGUAAAUAUGGUCGAGGUCUCACUACUUUAAAAGCAUUAUGUCAGUGUUGAUUUGAUAGCUUAAGCUGCUCUCUCGGGAUGAAGUAAAAGUGGAGCAAGCAGCAUAGUUGCACUAGUACAUAAGGAAUGUUAAUAAGUAGUAGUCUGGUUCUUUUAUGUCGAUUUGAAUGUAAAGUAUAUAAUAAAGCACAGAAUAAAAGAUACCUUAGCAGUGUG